UCCUUGCCAUCGCCAGCAUGUGUCUUGUAUCGAUACUUCUUCCAGAAGACCCUGAUUCAUACCACAGGUAGUUUAUGGACUCAACACAUCUCCAACAAAGACAAGGAAACUCAUGAAAUCCAAGAUUCCUUUUUAAGGCAUUUCAAAGAUGAAGACACCAAGAACAUUACCGAAGUCGGAUAUAAUGGCUACCAACCCAAUCAAUACAGCACACGUUACAUCAUCUACCUCUGUGACGUACAGAGAUGGUGUGGAGGAUGGGCAGACAGGCAACGAGGCAUAGUAGCUGCAUAUCUUCUAGCAAAUGUAACAGGACGACGGUUUGGCGUCAACAUGACUCACCCAUCUGAUAUUAAGCUCUUCUACGUUCCGAAUAUUGUCAACUGGUAUAUCAGAGAAAGCGAACUUCAGGAUUAAGUAAGGAGUUUCUCCAGUGGCUUGACAAUGGGCAGGGUCCUAAAUUCGCUAAUGGUGACUUCAACGUCAAGCACCCAAGUGAUGUCAUAUUUUAAGAACAAAUAUGGAUAUUAUCACACUGAUUCAAAAAAGAGUCCACAAUAUGGUCAUCUUGUACCAGAACCGUUCAGACACCCUAACCGUGGCAAAGUGUUUCACAAGAUUUGGCAUCUUCUCAUGAAGCCUUCUCUUCAUUUUGAGCAACGAAUCGAUAUGUUUAUGAGUAAAUUACCAAGAACGGAUAAACUAGUUUGUGCUCAUGUACGAAUGAGAAGAAAUCCAACCAUUCCAAACGAUGGAGCUCAGAUUAAUUCCUUAUCCACUGUCAAACAUUUAUGGACGUUUCUAUCUAAAUUGCAAAACGCACGUCGUGUCUUCAUUGCUAGUGACUCCAUGGAUGUACGGCUAAGUGCCAGGAAGUAUUUUGGCGCAAGAGAAAUUGAUACUGAUGGGUUGGUGCUUCAUAUUGACAAACAGGGACAUCUGCCUAAUGCAGUGUUGGGCUUUGAGAUGGCGCUACUUGACCAGGCUGUUCUAAGUCGCUGUCAGGUUCUUGUUGUUUCAAAAAGUGGCUUCAGUGUCAGAGCUGCCAUGAUGUCGCACGUGCAUCAAGAGCUUUAUGAAUUCAAUAAAGGCAUGGUCACUCCAUAUCCUUGACUGAAAUCCAAGGUGUACUAGAUGACAUGUCUUCCUUGACCGGGUCCCUUGUAGUUGUAGUUACAUUCCUGUCUCUGUUGUACUAAUAUGUGAUAAGUUCAUUUCGACAGAUCGGGAAAGAUGUAUUGAUAAUCAUUGGUAUUUUGAAAUAUAAUGUACAAUCUAUAUUUUUACAGCAUUGUUAAGAUAGAAAAAAUAUUCGAUGAUUAUUUGUCUGUUGUAAACGUUAAGCCAUGUAGAAUACUUUAACUGGGAUUUCGUUGUUCAUCAAUUAAUUUAAUGGGUUUUAGAGGUAGAAAGUUAAAAAGAAUAACCCUUUGCAUUAUUUAUGUAUUGUUCCCACUGUUGAAAAGGAAUUUCAUUUAUGCUGCAGUUCAUACGUGUCUAUGUCAAAAGCCCCUUGGUACAAAAGCCCCUCUGGACAAAGGCCCCUCGAGAAAAGACCAAAAGUCCCCUAUUUUAUGUAUUAAUGGGAAAAUAAGAUUAAAGACAAGAAAUUAUUAAUGA